CAUUGCACCCCAAUCCUUGUCGGACCAUUGGAGCUACAACCCACCCGCUUAACCUCAAAAUCCAGGGUUUGAUGUUGCAGCAGAGACAAGCGCGCUGCAUUGUUCGCAGUUUCAAAGGUGGAGUGGUGGUGGUAAAGGAGGUAACGGCACCGUUUCGUAGUGGUUGUGGUGUAGAAUUGGAUUGGUGUGUUUGUUUGGCUGGUGGCGAGCUAUGGUGGAAAGGUCAGAUUGAUGAUGGUGAUCAAUAAUCUUGUAAUGACCUUCCAUGUAAUUUCCCAUUCAAUCUUCCACAGAGAUGGCAUUUUUGGUCCUGGGGAAUUUUCGUCCAUUUUGUAACUUUGUAACAAGUGCAGAGAUGGAAAAUGAAAAUCCCACUUCCCAAUUCUGACUUAAUUUUUUUUUUUUUUUUUUGUUAAUUCCCAAAAAGAAAUAAAACAUAGAAGCAAGAGAGAGUCCACGCGCGAAAGUCAAGAUUUUGACUCUUUCUUCUUCUUCUUACUUCUUCAUUAUCUGAACUACGUCAAUGGCGGUUAUGCAUGAAACGCAUACAAACAAAACGCAGAACGCGUUCAACUUUUCCAACAGACCCAUUUAAUGUCAACCCGUCAAACAACUUCCCAGCCCAUCUGAAAUGGCGGCGGAGCCGGCUUUCUCAUCCAUCUCCGACGCCGUCAAUUCCAUUCGCCAUUCGCUUUCCGACCUCUGCCUUCCCGAUCAGACCCACCACCACCAUUUCUCUUUCUCAGUCCCAGCUCGCUUCUCUUCCUUCGCUCACCGUCUCCAGCUUGUGCUUAACCAGCUCCUUCGCUCUUCCUCCUCACCUUCACUCGAUGACUUCCCUCCUUCCGUCCACACCGCUCUCAAAGGCAUCGCUGCUGACCUCGUCAAGGCCCUCGAUACGGUGUCCGUUUACAAGACCAGAAGCAAGAUCUUCGUCCUCAUCAAUUGCCUUUCUCUCUGCUCUUCUCUCCAUGAACGCACUUCCGCCAUCUCCGGAUGGCUUGCCUUGCUCGAUUCUGCCAUUGUUGACUCGCCCGAGCUUCGGAAGAAGGUCGCCGAUCUUUCAAGGGACAUGAAGCAAGCUCGUUUUGAAGUGACGAAGAACGAAGAGAGAGUUCACUUUAUGUUACAAAAAGAAGGGCAAGAAAGGCAAGCGAAAACAAGCAAAGCAGUACAGAGCGCCAUAAUCAUGGAUUUAGCUCGAUCUCUUGGCAUCGACCCAGAGAAUCAAACCGAGCUAUCUGAACAAAUCAAUCUCCUCAAGAACGACCUCGCGCGAUCCAGUUCGCUCUCCGAGAGAAGAAUUUUGUCUUCCCUGGAGAGGAUUAUAGACAACUGGGCAACGGAGCCCACCAUCUCCACCUGGAAAUUGGACCUGGAAUUCGAUGACGACGACCAAAUCACGCCCUUCAAGAAUUUCCAGUGCCCAUUGACGAAGGCGGUGAUGAAGGACCCAGUUGUCUUGGAAUCGUCUCAGACGUACGAGCGGAGCGCCAUUGAAUACUGGUUCGAACGGUGCAUGGAGGUUGGUCGAGACCCGACUUGUCCGGUGACCGGGAUGGUGUUGGGGUCUUUGGAGCUGAAACCCAACAUUGGGCUCGCCGGAGCAAUCGAGGAGUGGGUUAAUCGGAACGUUGAGAUUCAGGUUCAAGCGGCUGUGAAGCAUCUGAGUGAAGAAGCUCCUUCUGUUGAAUGUAUAGAAAGAGUGUUGGAUAGUAUUUAUAGGAUUUGUGAAGAGCACCCAAUUAGCAGACACAAUGUUAGGAAUGCUGGGAUUGUUGUGCUUAUAGUUAAGCUGCUAAGGAAUAGUUCUAAGAUUAUCGGAAGCAAUUUGAGGAGCAAAGCUCUCUUGGCUUUGUUGUGCAUGGCUAAGGAUGAAGAAAGCAAGGAAAUCAUGCUUGAAGAGGGUACCACUAGAUUGGCUAUACAUGGUCUUAUUGGGAGCUCAGAGAAAGAGAGAGAGAAUGCUGUGAAGCUAUUACUCGAGUUCUCUAGUGAUGAAGCUUGUUGCACUAAAAUUGCAUCAGAAAAAGGUGCACUGGUUCUUCUCUCAAGCAUUGCAGGAAACCUGGAGCAUCCUGCUUUAUCCAACCUAGCAGAGGAGGUUUUAAAGCAGAUGGAGAAGAUGGAGGACAAUGUUCAGCAUUUAGCUGCAGUGGGGAGAUUUGAACCCUUGCUUACUCGUCUAUGUGAAGGUUCUGAUGAUGUCAAAAUAAAGAUGGCCACCUUGCUGGGAAAAAUGACCUUGACAAAUAGCAGUAAGGAACAAAUUGCUCGGCAAGGUACUAAAACACUCGUUGAAAUGCUAUCAAACCCAGAAGCACAGGCACCAAGCUUGCAAGCAUUGUGUAACUUGUCAAGCCUGGAUGACAACGCAACCAUCCUCGUUGAUUCUCAUGUGCUUCCAGCUCUAGUGGAUAUCCUUUUUAGAAAUUGGGAUCCAUUUCCUGAAUUGAAGGAGUUGUCUGCAUUAACAAUUGCAAAUAUAGUGUCAAAUCCAGGGCAAUGGGAAUUAGCAUAUGCUGAUAAGGAAGGACACUCUAUGCAGUCAGAGUCAUUUGUACAUAACCUUUUGAGACUUCUAGCUGUUGCAUCCCCUAGAUGUCAAGUGUCUAUUCUACAUGUCCUAUAUGGAAUUGCGUCAUCUCCUCAGGCAUCAGAGUCGGUAACCUCUCAUAUAAAAUCUGGGGAAGGCAUCAAAAUCAUAUUAUCAUUUCUUGAGCACCUGGAAGUCGAACACAGGAUAUCUGCUUUCAGGCUUGCAAGAGUACUCUCGGAAAGGUUUGGUCAUGAUCUAGCUAAAGAGCUAAGACAUUCUAACAAGCUUCUCUUGCUUAGAGACAAAUUACUAAAUAAGCAAUCUACAGAAGGUGAGAAAUCUGAUGCUGCAUGUAUACUUGCUAACCUGUCUCUCUUAGAAGAAGAAGUGAAAGUACUUUUAGGAGCCGACUUUGUAAGAUGGGCAGUCAGUACUAUCAAAAUCCAGCGAUGCAACUCGGGUGCAAGGAUUACAAGGCCUAUGUCAAGCAUGCUGGAAGGUCUUCUAGGUCUCUUGCUUCAUGUUACAAGGAGUUGUGAUCUGCAAACUCUUCAUGCAGUCCGAGAGAAUCGCCUUAUGAGCAUUUUCUGUGAGCAGCUUGGUUUUCCUUCAAAACCAAGAGUGAAACAACUAGCUCUGUUUGGACUGAAAAACUUGUCAGAAUGUGGAAGGUUACUUGCUGCUAGGGAUGCAGAACCCUCGCCUCCCCGUGGAUUAUUCUCUUCCUUAGUGUUCAUGUGUGGGAAGGCUUCUUCUCAACCUUCCACCUGUCCAUUACACAAUAUUCCAUGCGAUGAAGAUGGUCAGCUGUGCUUGCUUAAGUGCAAAUGUAUCAAGCCCCUGGUCGAUCUUCUGGUAGUAGAUGAGGACACAAGCGUUCAUAUUGCUGCAGUGGAAGCACUUUCCACACUCAUGUUUGAUACUUCUAACAGUUUCAAGAGGGCAGUUGACGAGCUUGAACAACUAGGUCUUGUUGCUGCUGUCAUUGAUCUUUUCAUUGAAGUUCGACCAGGGGACCUUCAGGAGAGGCUUAGUUGGAUGAUAGAGAGGAUACUAAGAGUAGACAACCACAACCAUCGGCAAUCACUGAAUCAAUCUUUGGUUAAGGCAUUGGUAGAAGCGUUUAAGCACGGUAAUACCAACACAAAGAAGCAUGCUCAGGAUGCUCUUACUAACCUAAAGCAGUUAUCAGGUGUCAGCGCAAAAACUUCCAGUCAGGCUCGGUCUCGAGGGUAGUCACAACCCGAAAUGUUUAUUUGUGCUUUUACCGUGUCAAUGCUGUAUGACUAAUACAUGGUUUCAACCCGUGUACUAGAAAAUUGAUUCAGUUUUGCAUCCAUUCUUGUAACAAUUCACAGGAUGUUGUGUAUUUUUUUUGGCAAUAACAAAUAUAUAGAAGAUUGCUCUUUUUCCACAAAAUUAUAUAGAAUCCGGCCUAGUUGUUGUACUUGUUCAUAAGAGCGAGGCAAAAACAGUUUAAAUUGAAGAG